AUGGACAGCGCCGAAUGGCCCGCUCAACUGAUUCCAGAUACGAUCAAAAGGACUCUCGAUCGAUUUUAUAGGCUCAUAGACUCUCCAGAUCCUCAAGCGGGCGAGAAGUUGGCCAGGAAAGUGUUCACGGUGGAUGGCGAUUUUGUGGUGAACAAGCGGGUGAUGUCUGGACGGGAACAAAUCGCAAGCUGGCAUAAGAAUGGCGAAAGCAUUGUUUCACGAGAGCAUCAGGUUGACAAGAUUUAUGUCUGCAAUGCAGAGGGAGAUGAUCUGCUCAUGAUUGGGACUUUGACGAUGGAGUCUGAUGUCGGCUUGGUUGGCUCGACGCCAUACACGGCACGGUGUGUGAUUGAUGAUGCUGCAUCGCCAACACCUAAAGUACGGCAUUGGCAAUUCUGGCUGGACCCGACACCGUUCUUCGACCUGGGUAUUAUGCGGCCGCCUGUCCGUCAGCUUUCAGUCAGCGGUAUACUGGACACCAUUGGAGGACGAUGA